AUGAAGUUCGCUCAGUCCUUGGUUUCUUUGGUCUUCGCAACAGCUGCUGUUGCCUCACCUACUCCAGUCCUCAGGAAGAGAGCUACAACAGUCUGUGGACAAUGGGACUCUGUUGCGACCGGAACUUAUACUGUCUACCAAGAUCUUUGGGGUAUUUCCGGUUACACCGGUUCCCAAUGCACAACUGUCACUUCAGACACGAGUAAUUCUCUUGCUUGGUCUACCAGUUGGUCGUGGUCGGGAGGAUCUUCUCAAGUAAAGUCUUAUGCGGAUGCAGGACUUACUAUGGCAGCUAAGCAGGUCUCUGCCAUUUCGACCAUCCCAAGUACAUGGAAGUGGAGCUACACUGGCUCUAACAUCGUUGCCGAUGUAGCCUACGAUCUCUUCUCCUCUUCUACUGUCUCUGGUAGUGCCAAUUACGAGAUCAUGAUCUGGCUCGGUGCCCUUGGCGGUGCAGGACCAAUCUCGUCAACUGGGUCACCUGUCGCAACCCCAACACUGGCCGGAGUCUCGUGGAAACUCUACUCCGGACGCAACGGUGCCAUGACGGUCUAUUCUUUCGUCGCUUCCAGCACAGUCAAUAGCUUCUCUGGUGACUUGAAGGCAUUCCUUACAUACUUAGUCUCAAACCAGGGAUACCCAUCCAGCCAAUAUCUUCAAUCCAUUCAAGCUGGUACCGAGCCAUUCACUGGAACCAACGCUGUCUUCAAGACCACAGCUUACACCGUCUCCAUGAGCUAG